AUGGCAUCACAAAUUCUACCUCCACUCAUCUCUGCUAGUGGAAAAAUUAUUGUAACAUUAAUUGCUGGUGGUUUUGGAACAAAAGCAGUUGAAUUAUUUACCAGUUACAAGAAAGCAGACUCAUCAAAAUCAGUAGAGGAGUUGAAACAGGAGUACGAAGAAUUAAAAAAUAAAAACAAAGAAUUAGAAAAUAAACUAAAAACAAAAGAAUGGGAACAUUUCCUUUCUUUAUUAAAAGGAAAAGAUGAUAUAAUUAAACUCGCUGAAUUUUAUAAAAAACAACAUCAAGAAUUUGAAGAACAAAUGAACACCCGUUUACUAGAAAAAGAUAAUCAAAUUAUUUCAUUACAAAAUCAAAUUAAUCAACUUAAAGAUAAAUCAGCAACAAAACCAUCAAAUUGGGAAGUUUAUUUUAAAUGGGGACUAAUUAUUGUCAAUGUAAUAAUAUUAGUUGUUGGUGUAUUAUUACAUUUAACUAAAUAA